CGCUUCCCGAGCACGCUCAACAAGCGCGGCGGCUCCCCAGCUCAGGCACCGCACCGACCGCAGCGAUGCCCGACGAGAAUGUGACCGAGGGACUGUCCGGAUCCAAGGAUGGCGAGGCGGCGCGGCAAAAGAUGCAGAUCAAAUCCUUCACCGCGUGGGUCAACCUGCACCUCAAGCAGGCGGGCAUGGCCGUCGAGAACCUCAAGACAGACUUUGGCGACGGGAUCAAGCUGCUGCGCCUCGUCGAGAUCAUCUCCGAGGAGGAGCUCGGCAAGUACAACCAGAACCCGGUGUCCAAGUUCCAAAAGGUGGAGAACCUCAACAUCCCUCUCAAGUACAUCAACUCCUUCCUCAAGGAGAUUGGCAUCCGCAACACCUACUCCGCCGAGAACAUCAUCGAUGAGGCCUACCGCCCCGACUUGGUGCAGUACCAAAAGCUGAACAAGUCCGCCAAGGUUGACAACCUCAACCACGCCUUCGACCUUGCAAACGACAAGCUCGAGAUCCCGAAGCUGCUCGACGCCACCGACAUGGUGUCGAUGCGGCCGGACGAGAAGUCGGUCAUGACGUACGUGUCCUUCUUCUGGAAGUCGGUCAUGACGUACGUGUCCUUCUUCUGGAAGGUCUUCGCGGCAAACAAGCGCAAGAAGAUCGCCGCCGAGCGGAUCACGAACGUGCUGCAGCGCGAGCUGGCGUACCGAGACUUGAUGGAGCAGUACAAGCUCAACGGCGAGCAGCUCGGCAGGUGGAUCAAGCUCAAGACGGACUUCUUCCAGGCGGAGCCAAACUGCAACUCGCAGGCGGAGCUCGAGGUCGAGAUGAAGAAGCACGUCAUGGAGUACGGCCGCGGCGAGACGCCGACCACGCUGGCCGGCGGCGAGAAGCCGACCAAGCUCAACGAGCUCAACGACCUCGAGGCGCUGCACUCGUCGAUCACCUCCCGCCUCGCCUCGCUCGGACGCACCUUCAUCCCCACCGAGGACACCUCGCUCAAGGUCCUCAACCGGUGGUGGGAGGAGCUCACCUACGCCGAGCAGGCCUACGAGGCGAACUUGCGCCUGAAGCUCAAGAACCUCAAGCGGGUGGAGUACUAUAUCAAGCUGCACCACUCCAAGGCCUCAAAGCUCGAGGACUGGCUCGGAGACAAAGAGCGAUGGCUCGGCAAGCCGGCCGACGCCGCCGCCAACGGCGCCGCCGCCGCGCCGCCGGCCGACGCCGACGAGACGCCGCCGGCGGGGCCGGUGCCACGCAAGAGCAGUUUCGUCGGCAUGCUUAAGAGCACCGGAUCGUCGUUCGGCAACCAGGUCGCCUCGCCGCCGACGCCGAAGGGGCAGCGCGCCUCGAAGGGCGUCAAGGUGGUGCCGCUGCACGACGGCCCGAGCGAGUCGGUCGCCGACGUGCAGGCCAAGCUCAACAUGCUAACGGCGCACAAUGAGGAGCUGAGUGGGAGGCAAGCGACCGUGCCGGAGCUCGACAAGCUGCUCGCAAAGAUCGGCGAGCUCGGCUGCCCCCCGAUGCGCCAGUUCUCGCUGACGAACCGCACGUCCGUCAUCAAGGAGCGCCAGGUGGCCGAGAUCGACGGCUACCGCGAGUCGCUCGAGGCGCUGCAGUGCGACCUCGACGCCAUCGCAGCCUACGCCGAGGAGAUGGGGUCGAUGCGGAUCAGCCGCAACCCGUACUCGCGCUUCGGCAUGCCGGACCUCCUCGCGCACAUGAGCCGGUGCGAGGCGGCGCUCGAGGCGAGGCAGGUGUCGGUGCAGGAGGCGCUCGCGCACCAGCAGCAGAUCGACGCGACCAAAAAGGCGUUCGCGGCGGCGGCGGACGCGAUCCUCGAGUUCGUCAAGGCGGAGCGCGCACAGCUGGACGAGGUCGCGCCGCCCGGGCUGGUCAUCCAGCCCGACGACACGGCGGCGAUCGAGAAGGGCAAGGCGAUGGGGAGUGCGCUGGACGCGCUGAUGGCGCCGGACGCCAAGGAGGGGCGCGACGCGAAGCUGCUGCCGGCGCAGGAGCUGUCCGACAAGCUGAUGGAGGCCGCGGAGCUGGACAACCCGUACACGGCGCAGACGAUCAUGACGCUCAAGACGCAGAUCGACCUCCUCGACAAGGUGCUGCGCGACAAGCGGUCCUUUGUCGAGGGGCAGCUCGCGCGCGCUCAGGCGGAGAUCACGAGCGAGCAGUACGAGGAGAUCAAGAAGGUCUUCUACCACUUCGACAAGUCCAAGGACGGGCUGCUCAACCAGCUCGAGUUUGCGGCCGCCAUCAAGGCGAUGGACUUCGAGAUAGCGGACCACGAGCAGGAGCCGACUUUCCUCCGGUUCGCCAAAGAGGGGCAGCGCGCCGAGGAGCCGGCGGCGAUGACCAUCGACCUGAGCGGCUUCACCACCUUCGUGCUCCAGCAGUACAAGGACAACGACACCAAGGACACCCUCUUCGCGGCCUUCGAGACGGUUGCAAACGGCAAGGACACGCUGUCCGCCGAGGACAUCCGUGCGGCGAUCCCGCAGGAGGAGGCGGACUACCUGCUCUCGCAGCUCGAGCUGAAGGACGGCGACCACGGCCUCGAGUACAAAAAGUUCACAGAGGCCAUCUACGGCGGCACCUGAGGGGAGGGGGGGAGAGCAGGCCCACACGGCAGCAUGUGCAUUAGACAAGGGCGUCGGCCCACCCCUCCCCCCCGCUCCCCGCUCUCCGCCACUCCUCUGCUCUGCCAGGGAGCGUGCGGCUGGGGACGGGCGCGGUGGCGUAGCAGUCUUGUGGAGCGUAUUGCGUCGAGCCAGCGGCGCAGGCUGCUGCGGCGACCGCCGCUCCGCCGCACGGAGGCGCACGCAUUUCCGCGUGAUCGGUCGGUGUCACGAGGGAGAGAGCAAGCUAGACGAGCCUUUGUGUACAAACAAUGUGUUUUUCGAGCGC